AUGACCAAAAUUGAUAAGUUCAAACUGGAUGCAAAAUUUUGUCGACCACACUCUAGAAUAAGUCAAUUUUUCGCUAAAACAUUUUUGAUCAAGUGGAAUUGUAUCGACUUAUUUACAAGAUUCACCUAUGAAGAAAAUCCCAUCAUAUCACCACAACAAGUGUUUGAUAUGUAUAGUCAAAGUCUCACUGAUAUAACUAUAAUCAGAUGCAUUGACAAUGACGUCGUGCGGUAUGUCCACAAUAUCGUUAAACGGAAUAAAGAAAAUUGUUUGAAAACCAUAGGAGAUACCUUAAUACAUAUAAGGAGAUUACGAGCAAAAGAAAGGAUAAUUAAAACAGAUAAAACGCGAAUCGAUUUUCAAACAGCAAAAGAAAAUGAUCAAAUGAAUAAAAGCUCUGAUGUUUACGCUGAUUUGGACAAUGAGAUCGAUCAAACUCCUUCCGAACAAAAAUCGGUAAUUUUUGACAUAACAGACAGUGAAGACGAGACCGAAUUCGAAUUACUUACAGGAAAUAAUGACGCAUCAGAAUCAAACCAGUUUCAUAAUAAGGUGAAAAUGUUGAUUCCGAAAGAAGAGAAUGGAAGGUUAACAUAUAAAAAUAAAAGAAAUAGAGAUGAAGACGAAGAUGUGAUAGAUUACGAGGGAUUGUCAUUACUAUUUGAUGAAUCAAACGAAGAUUCCAUUGUGGAAGUUAUUGAUGAAAAAACACUUGAGCAAGAGGGCGCACUACCACAAGCAAGUGGCAAUGAGGAUCAACAAAAAAACUUGGAUGCGAAUAUCGUUGAAGCCUUUUACAAAUAUCAAAAGACGAUUCCAAAAUCUCGUAGGAUUUUUACACCUGCGUAUUGGGGAGUUCUGGACUUAACGAGAGAAAGCUUAUAUGAUUGUAAACACCUCACAGAAAAAGACAUAAAUCAACUUUCGCAAGAUUUUUCCAACAAAAUUUCCUGGAAAACAAUGCCCCCGGAAAAGCAUAUUCGAGAAUAUUUUGAUAAUAAUUGUGAAAAAAAUGCAGACAAUAUUGGAAAACUAGAUAUAAACAUCCAGUUUAUGAAAAGCGAUGCAUCUAGUUUCCAAGGAAUGAUGACGGAGGAAGAGCUAAAAAUGAGUUCGACAUUUCCAUUAUUUCGCGGAGUGUUCGGUUCCAAUAGGAUUAAAAAUGCUUGGGGGGAAAUCCAGGCUUUAUCUACAAACUAUGCACGUAACGAAAAAAAAAGUCCAUUUAAAAAGGCACGAAUAGGAAGACGUGUAGAUAUGAAAAGUACUCUUAUCAAAACGUCUAAUAAAUUCGAAGUUAUUUAUGGAGAAGUGUCAGGGGGAUUGGGCCCGCUUGGAAUGCCUACUGCUUGUCGCAAAAAACGUUACCUGGACAAGGUAAAGCUCACGAUAAUAAUGCGAGACAACAUAAACCGACUUCUAAAAGAAUGCAAAUACGUAUCAUUUGAGAAACGUACGAAUUUAAUUAUAUAUGGGUGGCUCCAAUUUGGACUAGAACUUAAUUUUUAUGCCAUGGAUUGGGCAGGAUCCGGGAUAUACAGAUUCGGUUUAGUAGAUCAAUGUAGAUUACCAUCAGACGAGGAUGAAUUUGGGAUUCUCGAAGAUGCGUACUGCAUUCUUAAAUUGCUUGAAAAUAAAUCACUUGAAGCCGAGAAAGUAGUAAAAAAUUUAUUUUUAGAAAAUACGAAGGGGAAACGAAGGAAAAUUGUACCCGAAACUGAAGCUGAGUUAAAUGAAAGUCGCUCUCCCUAA